CAUCCGCCUUGUGCUGCACGUUAUAAACAAAGCAACGCCUCUGCUCGACACUGCUACAAUCUGCGCUCUUUGAAUAGACAGAAAAAGUUUUCUUUUUGGACUUUUUUUCAUCUCGGGAGUGUUCAUCUCAGGACAAUCACAAGUUUAAACCACAGGCUCUGCUACUCUUUGAAAUGGAUGACAUCCAGGUUGAGUCCAAACCCCUGCUGGUCGACAGGGAGCUGCCGGGCCUGAGAGAGGCUGUGCUGCAGCUCGUCGUCAAGGAGCAUGACGUGGAGACUCCUUAUGGAAGAGUCCACUGCACAAUGAAGGGGGUUCCCAAGACUGACAGACCAGUCAUCCUCACCUUCCAUGACAUUGGACUGAACCACAAAACCUGCUGGGACCCGCUCUUCAACCACGAAGACAUGUCAGAGAUCAUGCAACACUUUGCUGUGUGUCACGUAGACGCCCCCGGGCAGCAUGAGGGAGCUAACACUUUUUCCACUGGAUAUGAGUACCCAUCUAUGGACCAAGUCUCUGAGACCCUCCCCCUGGUGUUGAAGCACUUUGGGCUGAAGAGUGUUGUCGGAAUGGGCAUUGGAGCCGGGGCCUACAUUCUGACCAGAUUCGCUCUGGACUACCCGACCAUGGUGGAGGGGCUGAUGCUCAUCAACAUCAACCCAUGUGCUGAGGGAUGGAUGGACUGGGCUGCACACAAGAUCAGCGGCUGGACCCAUGCUGAGCCUGACAUGAUCAUCACCCACCUCUUUGGAAAGGAGGAGAUCCACCACAACCAGGACCUGAUCGGAACAUAUCGCCACCACAUCUUAAACACCAUGAACCAGUUUAACCUGCAUCUCUUUGUCAAGUCCUACGAAAGUCGGAGGGAUCUGGAAAUUGAGAGGCCGGUCCCUGGCAGCAACGUCAGAACCCUCAAGUGCCCUUCUCUGCUGGUGGUUGGAGACAGCUCUCCUGCUGUGGAGGCUGUGGUUGAGUGCAACACCAAGCUGGACCCAACAAAGACUACCCUGCUUAAGAUGGCAGACUGCGGAGGCAUGCCCCAGGUGGACCAGCCUGCCAAACUGACAGAAGCUUUCAAGUACUUCAUUCAAGGCAUGGGAUACAUGCCCGCUGCCAGCAUGACCCGCCUGGUUCGCUCCCGCACCGCCUCCGGCUCCAGCGUCACCUCCUUCGAUGGCAACCGCUCCCGCUCACACACCGCCGAUGGCAACCGCUCCCGCUCACACACCAACGAGGGCGCUCGCAGCCGCAGCCAAACGGCCGAGAACCGCGGUCGCUCCCACACGGACGGCUCCAUGGAUGGCACGGGCAACAGCGGCGUGGACCAAGCCGUGCCCAAGUCCACCGAAGUGUCCUGCUAAGUUGAUCUUAACUCUCCAGGCACCCAAACCUCUCAAGGUCCCUUCGGUUUGUGCUGCGCUGCCUCUAACUGACACACAGACACACACAUUCCUACGCACAUACACACAGAUGUGAAGAGGGACAUUAAGAUAGUUAACCUGGAAUUGUAAAAACGCACAAUGUAGAUGAUUCAGUGCAGCUGAGAUGCAACAAUUUAAAAAUAUGAUGUCUUACGAGUGUGACGUCAGGGUCAACUGUAUGUCUGUUAUGUCCGAGGGACUCAAACACAUCUGAACAGAGCGUGCUCCUGAGCUCCUCGGUCAGGUGCAUGUGUAGUUAGGGGCAAUGCAGCAUUUUGGGACACCGAAGCAGAGAAUGUCGGAGAAAGCUGUGGCUACACCAGCUUGUACAUGUAUCUCUCAUAAUCUCUCAUACAUAUAAAAACAUGUUUUAAUUUCAAUCUCUGUGUUCCCUCAUCCCAUUUGUAUCCAUUUUUACCAUAUUGACACAGCUUUCUCAAAUAUACCUGACUGUAAAUGACUGUUUUCUUUUCUCACUGUAAUUGUUUGAUCAUUUAUUUCUUUAUUUUCCAUGUCUGAAGUGUUGUCGUAUGUGUGUAGGAGCAGAGUUGUAGAUGUGGAGAGAGAAUGGGGAGGCACUUGGAUCAAUGAAAAGGGCAGUUUGCCUCACAAAUUGCAAUGUAACUUUCAACAUUUAAGGGACAGACUUCAAGUGUAUCAUGUAUAUACAGCAAAUAAUAUUGUUUCACCAUGCCAAUAUCCAUUACCCUUGAGGUUUUUUUUCCCAAACCAGCUGUUAUUUUAAUGAUUAUUCAUCUUUUCACUGGCAAACUUGUAAAUCUUUUUCAGGAAUCAAACGAUCAUGGCUGUAUGCUUUGUCAUUAAUCAAAACACUCUGAAAUACAAAAUUCAAAAAGCUUUUACAUUGUAUGCUUUAUUAAUGGAUCAUGGCUUCAGACAAAAUGUUUUUUUUUUCCUUUUUUUCAAUGAUGAUUUCUAUGCAAUCAAGCACAAUGGAACAAAGAUGUGCCAUGGAAUUUUUUUUUAGACAUGAUGCUCCUAUGUGGUUGUGGUUUUUUGGGGUGUGUGAAGUAAUCGGUCCACAUGUUAACACGAGGAUAGCCAUAGAACUUACCCGACUCCUUCUACUCCUGUAUUUUACUUGCACUACAGCAACAUUCUGCUUUGUAGAACACAUACACAGCUUUGUAAAGAUGUGAUGAACUGUCUAAUGCUGUAGAAAAGCAUUAAAAUGACAUAACAGUUUGUAUUUAUUAAAAAAAUGACAAUAAAAAAACUUGUAACUGA